AUGUCUGAAUCUGAGCACCUGCGCCAGGCAUACCGUGCCGAAAAAGACCUCAAUUCCUACCAGGCCAAGCAGGGCCUCGGUCGCAAGAGUGACUCUACUCUUGAAUCUGGUGUAGAUGAGAACGUCAACCAGCGGUUCCCCCAGGCCGGCCAAGUAAAGUACGGUCCGGGCUCAACGGCGUCUGGCAGUGACCACCGCCCAGUGCCUGAGGACGAAGGCGGCUCCCGGGAUGAGCGUGGCAGACUUGCCCAUGCAGAGGAGUACCAGGGCCCCGGCGGCCCAGAGGACAAGGUGAAGAUAGAAUCGGAACGGCGCCCCGGCGACCAGGAUACUCUAAACCUGCAGGAUAUGAAGCGUUCAGGUCUGGCGAAGUGA